CGACCGAUAGGUAAGGGCCACAAAUACAACGCUACUGAUGAGCAAACGAGUAAGAGGAGGUCAUGGACAGUUUACAUGGGACAGCGUUGUUAGGGACAAACAUCGAGAGAACUAUUUAGGGCAGGCAUUUCACUCGACGCAAAUCAGAACAUUUAACAAUCCCAAUCCGAAGAAAUGCGAUUUUUACUUGAAGGAAGGGGGAAAAGAGGACGAGAGCCAGCGUGAGGGGGAAAUAAGGGAGGUAAAAGAGCGUGAAGAGCGACUGAUGAGGCAGUUGUUGGGCCUUCCUGAAAAACCAGCCGAGACGUUAGAACUGAGCGUCGAAUUACCAAGAGACGAGAAUGGCGAGGGCCGCGUCGGAGAGGACGAGUCAAAAAAGUCGCACCGCCACCACCACCACCACCACCACCAUCGAAAAAAGCACAGAGACGAAAACCGCGAGCACAGACACCGGAGAGACUCUGCUCGCAGCGAGCGUUCCGACGCGUCGCCGAAGAGACCAACGGCGAAGAGGAGAUGUCGGUCGCCGGAGAGCCGGUCCGUCCGCCCCGAGGAGGAGCGCUCCUCUUCUCGAUACGACAGCAAAAGAAAAAGCGAUUAUUGAAACAGACGAAAUA